CUUACCAAGCUUGCCGAUGGUGGUUUGGGAUUUACCCUCACUCGAAGAGACACAAAAACAAGUGCCGAAAGCAGUGAUCCAGUCUAUGUAAAGAAAAUCCUUCCCACAGGAGCUGCCAUUCAAGACGGUCGAUUACAGAUCGGUGAUCGCCUGCUCUCGGUCGAUGGGGUUGAUGUAUCUAAUAUGGACCAAGUGCUUGCGCAAUUACGUGCUGUGACCCCCGGACGGAUUGUCAAACUGGUGAUCUCACGACAAGCCGCGGCACUCGCAGAUGAUACAGUCUCCGGUCGUAAAUCCGGAGUUCAAUCAGUCUCCAACUCUAUGGAAGACCCGGAUUUGAAUUCGGUGGAUUUACCACCCAGGCCUUUUCGGUCAUUCACUUACGAGUUUCGCUUGCCACGAAAAUCGACUGGUACUUUGAUCAAGCCCACAUUGGGUGUCAAUUUCAAAUGGGGCACUGCUCCACCGGAUUCGGAUAACUCCACUUCUCCUAUUUAUGCCCCACUUCCCGGGCUCUACGUUGAGAGUUUACUUCCAGAAGGCUUAGUCAUGCAAGCUGGGCGACCCACGUUAUUACCAGGAGACCGAUUAGUUGGACUGAAUGGCGAAAACUUGGACGGACUGAGCGCUAAAGAAAUCAGCACGAAAAUUCGAAAAGUGCUCAACAGUGUGGAUGAACAGGAUCCGGAGGGAAAACAAUCGGGAUCUGUGCCCUCUCCGAGGCCAUUCAGUUUGACGGUACAUCGGUAUCACGGACUUCAACGACAGAGUACGGACAGUAUGCCACGUGCUUCCCUGCGGAAUCGUCGUUCUGUCGCUUUGGCUGAGCUCUCAAGUUCAUCUAAUCCAGCUUUACCUGACCAGUAUGCAAACACCCCCUUUCUAACUGAUUCUCGACGUCGUCGUAGCUCACUGUUUGAGGAUGCACAUGAUCGGUCUCGACUAAGUUCCAGUUCCAGCGCGGAAGGAAUGAGUAAACAUUCGGCCUCAUCACCACGUUACAUGUCAGUGCCACCACGGAUGUUUAGUGGAGUGAAUCCGUAUUUUGAACGAGAAGGGUUCGGUCGCAGAAGUGUUUCCGAAAAGCGUCAUGGACAAGUGGAUGCCGCAAAGCUUCCAUUCUUUCAGACUCAAAUCCUCCCAAGUCGAUACAAAAUGCCCGAAGACGUUGAUAAACAGUAUUCCACUAUGCCCACUACUCGUCGGCUAAAAAUCCAUCGAGAACGGAUGGCCGCUCUGGCAGCGUCUAAUGCCGGGAUUGUACCUGGUGGACCGGUAAAAGCACUGCACCCGUCCGAUUUGAGUAAACCGGCCGAUCCGGGCGCCCAAUGCAUUUCCGAUUGCUCCAAUCGAGACGAGGACCUGCCCUCCCGCGACACGAUGAGUCUUUUUCGCCGCGGUCGAAAACAAAACAGUAGUUUUCGGAAUGCUGUGGACCGUUCUUUGAAUCUUGGUGAAACAUCCGUGUCACGUCCGUCUGAGAACAACACCAAUCGAAUAGGUCGAAGCCGAUCAGCCAGUCGUGUUCCUAGUUCCCCCAUUCCAAACAGUUGCACUCAGUCCGUUUCCACGGAUGCUUCCCAGUCCCAACGUCUUACGCUCUCACAGAAUCACGUGACUGAUUCACAUCAUUCCGCAAAGCAUUCUCGUCCCACAACUCCCGCUCUUUCCCCGGAUGUGUAUCCACCUGUUCCGCCCCGUCAGGAAUUAUUACCUGCACGAACAACACCUACCAGUAAUGUGAAACCAGCCAAACGAAGCUUCGGAGGUAUACGGGGUUUGUUUAGAUCCGUACUUCCGGGAUUUUUAGUUACGUCACGUUGGUCAUAUGACCCAGUUCUACGGGAUCGGUGUUUUGUGAAAAUCUAUGUGUGGACAGGGGGGAUAGUGAAAGAAGAGAUCCCCGUAAACAAAAGGCAUACUGUAAUUGGAAGAGCAGGGCGACGUUUAAGCAAGAUCCACAUUAUUGAUUAUGCCUUUAAAGAGCGUGAGGUUGCGAUCUCUUCUACCCCACCGAAUCCGAAAAAUCCUAUUUCACCCUCCAAAUUGACUUCACCGUCCCUAACCAAUUCCACUAUCAUGACUCGACCAACAGCAUCUUCCUCUGUGCAUGCGGCCGUAACUGGUUCUCAUGGUUUUUCCCAAUCGAGACGACGUGUGGGUGACCCGCGAGAUAUCCGUCCUGUCGAGUAA